CCUCGUGAAAACCCUAGAGAAAGAACUCUUCUGCCUUCUAUAAACCUUCUUUUCGUUUGGCUCGCGUCUUCUCACUUGUUGCCGUCGCCUCCAUCUCCUUCAGAAACAAGCAAGCUUUUCAUCUCCGAGGCUUCCACAAAAUGUCAGGAGAGGAAGAAGUAGCAGUUCCUGCUGAGGCUUCAGCACCCUUGGGUGAGAGCAUGGACAUCAUGACUGCCUUGCAGCUUGUGCUAAGGAAGUCACUUGCUCAUGGGGGACUCGCACGAGGACUCCAUGAAGGUGCCAAGGUGAUAGAAAAGCAUGCUGCACAUCUCUGCGUGCUUGCUGAGGACUGUGAUCAGCCAGAUUAUGUUAAAUUGGUCAAGGCACUUUGUGCUGAUCAUAAUGUGAAAUUGAUGACAGUUGCUAGUGCUAAAACUCUCGGCGAAUGGGCUGGUUUGUGCAAGAUUGAUUCUGAGGGCAAGGCAAGGAAGGUGGUUGGCUGCUCCUGUGUUGUUGUGAAGGAUUUUGGAGAGGAGUCGCCAGCAUUAGAUAUUGUUCAGCAGUACAUAAAGGCUCAAUAAAUUGGGGCAAAAACGAAAUAUGGGAGAGCAUGAAAUGUCUUUGUUUAGGAACAGGUCUUCAGUAGGCAGUAUCUUUUAUAUUGUUCUUGGUCUUUUGUUGUGUGGAACAUUAAGAUAAGAUCUUCUGUGUUUUUGCGUAUUUCCUGAGGAGUUGAUGAUUUGUAUGCUUAACUUGGGGAAAUUAAUGAGUUUUACUCUCGAGAGCAUGUAACGUUAUAUUUUUCUUCAUCCAUAUCUAAAUUUCAGUUUUUAUUUA